AUGGACCUCGCUCUUCAACAUUCAAGAUUUACCAAGACGCGCUGUGCCUCAAAUCAUGUGCACAUGCUCUGUGUGUUCCGACGCCAACUAGAGAACGCGAAUCAUGGCAUACACGUCAAAACGCGGGAGCAUGGGCAAGGGCUACCGGCCCUGGAUGUCGAAACGAGUAUCAAGUCUGGAAGCAUAAUAGAGCCUGGGGACAAGAUUCACAACAUGGGCCGGUCCAAGACAGCGCGAGGCGAUACACAAGGCCAUAGAGGACAAACAUCAGAGGAAUCGGAUCAACCUCCCCGCACGUCGUCUCAAAAUGGUAGACAGGUCCGAAAACGCCGAGAAGCCACCAGACAAACACAGGAUAGCAUCGACAGUGAGCCAAAUGCCAUUCUUAUAUACACAGAUGGAGGCAGCGUCAACAGCCGCGAGGGCACUGCAGCAGUAUGUACCGCCAACCAGACCCAGAGAGCCUAUGUGUGA